AUGAUUAAUACGGUGACGGAAGGAGCUAUGAGUGUCCUCCGACAAAUCGGCGUUUUUAAACCAAAGGCUGAGAAAUUGCCACCAGUUCCAGUUGUUAUAAAAAUGCCUCUUUGGGAAUUAGCACAAGCUGCGGGGCCAUUUGUUAGGCUCGCCGGAUUAAGCGGUGCCGCUGCAGUAGUCCUCGGUGCUAUGGGAGCCCAUCGCACAUUUCCUGAAAAUGAGGGCAAAGAAGACUUAAAAAAGAUUUUUGAUACCUCUAAUAGAUUCCACUUCCUACAUACUUUAGCGCUGAUGACAGUACCACUCUGCAGGAGACCGUUUAUUGCUGGUGGAUUUUUCAUUGCUGGAAUGGGAUUGUUUUGCGGCACAUGUUACUACCAUGCUUUCACUGGUGACCGAAGCUUCAGACGAUUAACACCAAUAGGUGGAUCCUGUCUUAUAUUAGGUUGGCUUGCAAUGAUAUUGUAA